AUGACCUGGGUUCAAAUAUGGCUCAACGAGUCGCGGUCGGAGGGACGGCUGAUGGCACUGAAAACAAGACUCGGGUGGUUCACCUUCGGAAGAAAGGCGCCGCUCAGUCCGUUCACCAACGUCGUGUGUGCACUCCAGUCGUCGGCGUCAACUCAACAGCAACAACAGUCACUGAAAUCCACCACCGAGGCUCGGGAAAACUCGAAAACAGAACGAGACAUUGAGUUCUUGUUCGAGACUGAGCUACUUGGGGUCGAACCGCCAGCAGAAAACGAAACUGCAGCAGAGAUGCAACGCCUGGAUGAGUUGUUCAAGGCAAACAUCUCGAGGAACAAAGAUGGGAGAUAUCGACUUAAGCUCAUCUUCAACGAAAAUCUCCAGUCGCUAGGCGACAAUGAAAAGAUUGCUAUCAACAGAUUGAACUCGCUCAUUUCGCGGAGUUCCAAAGAAGUUCUCGAGGCGAUCGACGAAGAGAUGGAGAAAUACAUCAAGGAGGGCUAUGCCGAGCUGGCUCCGAAACGGAAGCCGGGAGAAUUCGUGCAUUAUCUACCACUCCAGGUGGUCAAGAAACCCGACCAAGGGUCACCUAGGGGCUUCAAGUUGAGGAUUGUCAAGGAUGCAGGUUGUCGUUCGAAGGAUCUGGCUUCAUUAAACGACGUUCUGAUAACAGGAUACAACCUACUCCAGAACAUUCUCCUCGUGCUCACGAAAUUUCGAGAGUCUCCCAUUGCCGUCGUGGCGGAUGUGGAGAAAGCAUAUCAUCAGUUUGAAAUCGAUCGAUCACACCGAACGUUCCUCAGAUACUACUAUCGGCCCGGAGUCUCAAGAAACGCCGGAGCUCCUAUCAAGGAGUUCUGGUCGAAAAGAUUGGAUUUCGGGACUUCCGCUAGCCCAUGGUUAUACCAAGCAGGCCUCAAAUUCCAUCUGGAUGGCGAGAAGACUCGUCGGCCGUCUGAGACUGAGUUCAUCAAUGAGCUGCAGUUCUCAUGUUACAUGGAUGAUUUGAGUUUCGGUAGUGUUAACCAAGAGACAGCAUUAACAAAGAUACAACGAUGCGUCGAAAUUUUCCGAAGCGGGCACUUCCCGCUGAAGAAAUGGGCUACCAAUUCGGAAGAAGUGGCGGAAGGAAUGAGGCAAGCGUUCUCCGAUGAGACAGUGUCGAUUCGGAGCGCCGAACCAGACUUUCGAUUCCUGGGGAUACGCUGGUGUCAGGUUACGGACGCACUUGGUGUUUUCGUAACCAACGCCAACAGAUGUUUCAACGAUGCGAAACCGAGCAAGCGUUCGCUGCUCUCAGGGUUGGCUCAAAUCUACGAUCCUCUCGGAAUAAUCUGUCCGAUUUCGAUACAUGCCAGAGUGCUGUUUCAAAUGAUGUGGCAGGACAAAGUUCAAUGGGACGAUCGUCUCAACGCAAAACAUCGUGAGCUCUACGGAGAGUUCGUUCGGCAGCUCAAGUCUGCGGAUCGAAUCCUCGUUAGCCGAACAAACGCGAGGAUCGACAGACUCCCCAGGCGGACAGAAAUCCACGCGUUCUCUGAUGCGUCGAAAGUCGCUUACGGGGCGGUCAUAUAUCUCAAGGAGUUCUUCCAGGACGGCGAUCCGGAAAUCAAGUUCCUCAUGGCGAAAGCGAAGGUUGCGCCGAACAAGGCCAAUUGGAAUAUCCAUCGUUUGGAGCUGAUGGCAGCUCUAGUCAGCUGUCGCCUGGUUGAGAAGCUCAGACCGGCACUCGGAAACACAGUCAAAAGGACGGUUUACUGGGUGGAUAAUAGUGCUGUGGUCGGUUGGACGAGGGACAGGCCAUCGGAAUGGCGAACUUUCGUCGCCAACAGGAUCACCGAGAUCCAGAGGUUCUCAACGCCGGAUCAGUGGCGCUAUGUGGCCACGAAGUCCAACCCGGCUGAUUUGCUCAGCAGAGGCAACUCACUGGAGUCGAGGGAAAGUGUCGAGUUCUGGUUGAAUGGACCUUCGUGGCUAAAAGAGCAAAAGUUGCCGGACCCGAUCCGCAUUGGCAAAGAAGAAUUCGCGGAGGCAAUAGCAGAGGCAAAGCAUGGCAACGUCGCAGAAACAGACAUCCUGCAUGUCACGGCUUUGCCAAAGGUGUCGUCGUCUCUGCUCAAGGAGAAGCACUUUUCAUCGUGGCCGAAAGCGGUGAGAUCGCUGGCUUACGUCAGGAGGGUUUUCCAGAAAGCUCGCAAGAGGGAUUUGUCUAUGGACAUUCCCGUUCAGGUCGAGGAAUAUCUUGACGCAGAGAGAGCACUUAUAAGGAAUCUACAGCAAAUGGAUUUCCCGACAGAAGUCGCCAGUGGAGGGAGAAAGCUACCGAAAACGAGCAAGCUUUAUCUCUACAAUCCGAUGGUCGAUGAACAUGGAAUCCUACGUUGUAAGUCAGGAUUGAUCAAGUCCGGUGAUCUGUCGUUCGGUGAAAAAUAUCCGAUAAUCCUCGAUGGGCGGAACUAUUUCACGAAGUUGCUCAUAGCGUGGAUUCACAAAUCAAAAUGUCUCCAUUCACCAGGAAUCACCACCAAUCUUCAUCAUAUCCGUGCGGAAUACCUCAUUCUGAGGGAGCGCUUGGUGGGCUGCAUAAAGCGUCCACUCCGGAAAAUCUUAGGAACGAAUAUACCAAGAUUUCGGGAGUUGGAAUCAAUCCUGUCGGAAAUCGAGCUGUGCGUCAAUCUGAGACCAAUAACAGCGCUUCCAUCCAGUGAGUGUGAGGUCAGAGCACUGUGCCCAGCGGAUCUGGUGAAUGGAUACAACGCAAGAGCCAGGUUCCCAGAUACUUCGAUGGUCAACUUGAAAGUCAGCGACCGGGACAUGCCGAUAAUUAUGUCGAAAGCGUGGAAACGCCAAGAGGCCGUCAUGAAGGCGUUCUGGAAAAGAUUCCGACUCGAGUACUUGGGUCAGUUGAGGAACGCAGUUGAGACCAAACCAGCAUCUCCGAAUGAGCUCAAUGUGGGCGACGUGUGCCUGAUGGCAGACCCGAGUCCGUCGCGUGGGUUCUGGCCGCUCUGCAGAGUAGUCAACGUGUUCGGUGGCGAGAGAACAGAUCUCAGAAAACGAUCAUGCAUGGUCAUGAGAGGAGACAGGAAGAUUCUCAAGCGCCCAAUCCACUCAAUAUAUCCAUUGGGAAUUGGCCAAGCUGAAGAAGCCAGCAAUGUUCUAUAG